UAUAAGAUCCGGUGUUUCAUUAUUCCAGUCAUUGUGCUGAAGUCUUCAUUGGCUAAAAUGUCCUGUUCUGGGUUGUUUUGCUGGAUUCUGAUACAGACCUUUAUAGUGUACGCCGUCUCCAACACUGUGAUUACAGGAGAAGCAGGGCAAUCUGUUACAUUGCCUUGCUUCUACCGGGUGUCAAGACGGAGAGACAUCUCAGAUAUGUGCUGGGGCAAGGGCACGUGCCCAAAUUCGAAAUGCAGAGACAAAAUUUUGCACACCACUGGCAAUAGGGUGACGUACAGAGUAUCUCAGAGAUACAAUCUUCAUGGCUAUAUUUCCUACGGAGACGUAUCUCUCACAAUAAAGAAYGUGAAGGAAGAAGAUGCAGGUGUAUACUGCUGCCGCAUAGAAAUCCCUGGCUGGUUCAAUGACAUCAAAGUGAACGUAAACCUGAGGGUGGUUCAAGGAACAACUCUGCCAGCAACAACCAGGUUUGAGACAACAGAGUUGACCAUGACUCCUUCAGCCCCUGAUCUUCAAGCAACAGUUACAACAGAGACUGCUGUCCUCCUGACAACUGUUGGUACCUCAGCAACAACUGUCACCGAAGUCACUGUUCCUCCAAUACUUACUGAUCCACCAGCAACUACUGAGUCCCCAGCAGUAACUAUGUUGGAGACCUUUGCUCCCCCAACAUUAACUAGGACGGAAAAUGACUUUUUUCCAGAAAAUGUGGAGACAACUAGUGCUCCCAUAGGUUUUUCAACCGUUUUUCAAGCAUCUGGCAUGAUGACUGAAGAUGAUUAUGUGCUGAGCUCAACAGGAUUUGUCAAUGUUCCUGAAGUAACUACUGAAUUCCUAAGUAAACUCCUAAGUUCAGAGGGAACUGAAAAUGCUGACACUUCUUUCCUUAUAGAAGAUGAACUAACUGCAGUGACUGUUCCCACUCUGCUUAUCAGCCCACGUUACAGGAGUCUGAAUGGACUUGCGUCUGCGUACAACUCCCUGGCAGAAGACCCUGCAACAGGUAAGGAGAGCAUAGUGCUGAGGCUGCGGAUAGCCAUGCCGGUUGCUGUUAGUGCCCCAACAAGAAACUGA